UUUCUAAUUGUUGAAUUAUUCUCAAUUCAAGUCGAUUCUAUGAUGGACCAGGAUGAGAAUUUUUCGCCUGCUUAUGUUCAAAUGCAUCUUCCAUUGUUUUCCUUUUUCAGUAAAUGUUCAAUGAAAAGAAAACUUUGUUGGAAUAUUAUUCUAAUGGUUCUGAUCGGUCAAACCAUUUACGAUCAGACAUUUAUCCAUUUCACAUUAACAUUUGAUUCUCAACGAGUUCUAUUCAUCAGAUUUUUGGCUGAAGAUAUAAUUCUAUUCUACAUUCUUAUUACUCACCAAUGGACUUUUCGUGAUUCAAUAAUGAACGAAAUUCAUCAACUCUGGUUGAAUAUCGAACUGCCUUCGAACCAGUUUAAUAAUAGUUUCGUGUUUAGAAAAAGGCUUCGGUUCAAGAUCAUAUUUUUCAUGUUCUUCUUGAUCAUCGCGAUCUCAUGGAUGAUAAGAGAUCAACUUCCUCUUCCGACUGAUUGGAUUUCAUUCAUUCAAGUUAUGUACAGACUAAUCUAUCGAAUUCUAAUUGUGACAUUUUUUUGCUGUCUCCAUUUCUGUUUACUUGUCGAUUCGACGAUACUGAUCACAGCCUCGUUUAAUUACAUUAAUCAUUUGAUCUCAAUUCAAGUUGAAAAAGGUCCAAAUUUGCAAGAGAUAAAAAAGAUUCGUCGUAUUUACAGUGAGACCAUCAGAUUAACCGAUUAUCUCGCACGAACUUUGGAUGUUUUCGUAUCGAUCGUUUAUCUUCACUUUGCUAUUUGUCUCAUUUGCGCUUCUUACCAACUAAUCAUCAACGAUUAUAUUUUCGAUCGGCAUUUAUCAUCAAUAAUCUCACAUUACAUGGGUCCAAGUGUAAUUCUGCACAUGACUUUCAGUUUAAUUCAGAUUAAUAUUAAAUCUUAUCUUUGUCUCAAUGAUUUGUACAAACUAACGCUCUUCAACGAAUCAGCUGAUAUGAAGUUUGAGUUGAUCAUGUUCAUCCAUCGGGUCACUCGUAAUGACAUUGGCUUUAAAUUUUUCAAAUCAACUUUAAUUGGUCCUAAUUUUUUCUCAACUCUCUUCACAAUCAUGUUGACUAUAUUUUUUGCUGGUCUAUCGUUUAUUAUUCGUGAUGUUUAACUUACAAUUAACCAAACAGUCAAUUUAAUUGUUCAUCUCUGAAUCUUUGAAACACCAAACCAUUAUCUUGAAGACUUCGACUUUCGUUAAUAACUUUAACCAUUCUAAACUUGAGUAAGCAAAACAGCGCCAUUGAACCCAUACGCUUUGGAUGGAACUAGUAUUCCGGAAGUAGUUCUCUACUUCCGGUCCAGAAACGUAUGGUUUCAUACUACUGUCUUUGUAAAAGAAAUCCUUUUAAAGGAUUAAAGUUUAUUCAAACUUCACGUUCUUUUAAAAAAUAUCUUUGAUUUACUUUACAACACUUACUAAACUUAUCUUAUUUUCUUCAAUUCGUUUUAUUAUCAAUUAAUUAGUAUUAUGAUAAUCUAAUCAAUUGUACGUCUUUUGAUUUAUUUUGAUUAAUUGAUUUGAAAAAUUAAUGAGUCUUUUUUCUCAAGUAUGUUUCAUGAUCAUUUGCACUUAUCAACAAUCGUUCAUAAUCAAAUGAGAUAAUUAAUAUUUCGACAUAUUGACCCUUGUCAAAGAUUCAGGGUAUAAACUGACGAUAAUAAACGGAAUGGCUCCGAACGAUUUCCAGUCCAUUAGGCGGAUGAAGACACAUUGGUCAACAG